UUCCGUCAGAGCAACGGGCUUAAACGAAUUGGGAAUAAGGGUAAUUUCUGCGUCCAAACACCAUCCGUCAUCUUUUCUAAAUUUCAGCCGACGAACUUAAACCCUGAUAACCAGAACGAUAAGCCCCAAAAAUUUCUGUGCAGCCAGUUCACUUCCAAUGGGUUCCAAAAACACAGAUUAUAAGGAGAGUAAGGAAAAGAAGAAGAAAAACAAACCAACGAAAGAUUUGGAUGCUAAAAACAACGACAAAAUCCACCAUGAAGGCGGCGGCGGAAGGAAGAUCAUCGCAGACCCUCGAUUUGCAUCAGUACACUCAGACCCUCGGUUUCAGAAAGUUACUAAGCAAAAGUCCAAGGUCGCAAUCGACUCUCGCUUCAACCGCAUGUUCACGGACAAAAAUUUUGCUUCCUCUUCUGCAAAAUUAGACAAACGUGGUAAGCCUAAGAAGCACAAGUCGGAAAGUUCUUUGCGCCAUUACUAUCGAAUUGAAGAUGAAGAAGGAGAAGAUAAUGAUGAUAGAAUGAAAGAGAUAGAGAAGAAAUUGAAGAUCGUGAAUGAUAAGGAUAACAGUGGAGAGGAAGUAGAAGAAGAAAGUGAGGAGGAACUAGAGAAAUUGGAUCUCGCAGCAGAAGGAAGCGAGUCGAGUAGUCAAUCUGAGGCGUCGGACUCGGAGGUUGACGCGGAGUCCACUACUGAUGAGGAGGAUGAGGAGGUGUUUUAUGAGGAUGAUUUGUCUGAAGUAGAGGUGGAAAAUAUACCAACAAUUGAAGAUGGAACCCGCAGGCUUGCCAUUGUUAAUAUGGACUGGAGACACGUUAGGGCUGUUGACUUGUAUGUAAUACUACGCUCAUUUCUUCCAAAAGGAGGAGAAAUUUUGUCUUUGUCUGUCUAUCCAUCUGAAUUUGGUCUUCAGCGUAUGAAAGAGGAAGAGCUUCAUGGUCCUGUUGGCUUAUUUGAUGACGAGAACAAGGAUGGUGAUGGUGGCAGUGAUGAUGAUGAUGAGAUUGACGAGGAGAAAUUGCGUGCUUAUGAGAAAAGUAGGCUGAGGUACUACUAUGGUGUAGUGGAAUGUGAUUCUGUAUCAACAGCAGAACACCUAUACAAAGCUUGUGAUGGAGUUGAGUUUGAAAGAUCUUCUAAUGUUUUUGAUCUUAGAUUUGUUCCUGACUCUAUGGAAUUUAAACAUCCACCUCGUGAUGUUGCAACGGAGGCACCAGCAAGCUAUGAGGGAUUGGAUUUCCACACCAAAGCACUGCAGCACAGUAAUAUUCCUAUUAGUUGGGAUGAAGAUGAACCACAGCGUGUCAAGACCUUGAAACGAAAAUUUAAUGCUGACCAGCUGGCUGAGUUGGAGUUGAAGGAGUUCUUAGCUUCUGAUGAGAGUGAAAGCGAUGAGGAUGAAAAUGAUGCUGCCAUUGCAGAGGGUGAAUCAAAUAAAAAGAGUAAAAAACUGGAUAAGUACCGUGCUUUAAUCCAGUCUGCUGAUGGUUCAGAUGUAGAGAAUGAGGAUGAAGGGCAGGAUAUGGAGAUUACUUUUAACACUGGCUUAGAGGAUAUAAGUAAGCACAUUCUGGAAAAAAGGGAUAAGAAAUCAGAAAGUGUUUGGGAAGCACAUCUCAGGGAAAAGCGUGAGAAGAAGAAGGCUCGAAAAAAGAGAUCCAAGUAUUCAUCAGAGGACGAGAGUAGUGAUGCUGAUGAAGAAAAAGAAGAACCUGAUGAUUUCUUUUUUGAAGAACCAGCUAUUAAAAAGGGAAAGAAGGAAUGUCGAGCUAAGAGCGACAAAGAAGGAAAGAAACACCAGUAUACAGAUAAGGAAGCAGAAGCAAGCAGAGCAGAGCUUGAGUUGUUACUUGCUGAUGAUAAUGGGGCUAAUAAUGGUGUAAAGGGAUAUAAUUUGAAACAUAAAACAGCAAAGGGUAAAAAGGAAAAACAAGUGUCAGAUGAGAACAAAAUACCAACUGGUGACUAUGAUGAUCCACGGUUUUCAGCUCUCUUCACUUCACCUCUAUUUUCAUUGGAUCCUACAGAUCCACAGUUCAAAAGAAGUGCUGCUUACGCUAGGCAGAUGGCGUUGACGCAGCAAAAGGGUGAUCAGCUAGAACUGGAAGGGGGGCAUAAGAAACGGCCGACAAAAUCUCAGGUACCAGCUAAUGAGCCAGAUGCAAACAUAAAGGAGCAGAGGAGUUCCGAUGUUUUGCCAUCAAAGAAAGAGAAAUAUGAGAUAUCAUCAUUGGUAAAGUCCCUUAAGAUGAAGUCCAAGCAAAUCCAUUUGCCCUCUAAUGGCAAAACAAAGAAAGAAGAAAAAUUUCAACCUAGAGGUGCAAAAGAAAUGGAGAAGCCUGAGCUUGCAACCUUGGUCCAAUCAGUGAAGAAGAAGGCCAAAGCUGUGCAAAAAUGAAAAUUUUGUCUGUUUCCUAUUAUCUAAAUAUUGCAUGAGAGUAAUAGCUGUGGAACUGGAGGCAGAGGCAUCAGCAAAACAAUCCAGGUCCAUAUUGAGCAAAUUUUGGUUUUAACCUAAAAACUAAACCUGUUUAAUUCUAUUUUUCGGUUUGGUCUUUUGACUAAAUGAUUCAGUUAUUAUGUUAGUGAAUAUUUAGUCAUUCAGGUUGGUUAUUUCUGAAACCAAAAGAAAAAUUGAAUAGAACCAAAUAUCAUCUGUUACGUCAUUUAGAGUUCUUAUGUAUGCCUAGAUCCCUACUUUUUGCCCCUCAAACGUCUCUCAACUUUCUAAAUCACCUCAGUAUCUCUGUCAUGUCUAAGCGAAGUCUCGGCAUCAACCACUUCUCAAUGGAUAUUUUCUCUCCACAAAGCAAAAUCAAGCAGUCUAUCUCCAAGGGUUUUCUAUAGUUUCACAUUUGCACUAACGUUAAAGAGUUUAGAUAUGCAAUUUCAAUUUCCUUGGUUGUUUUUGGUGUUAAUUUGAUUUGAGGAUUAUGUAAGUUUUAAAAUCCCUAUAAUGUAAACUCUAUGUUAUUAAAUCCUUGUAAUUUAAGCUUUAUGUUAUUUUUUAUAUCAA